AUGUCAACCGUAUACGAGAGCCUUCUGCCGAAGCUUGUCGCGAUCCUCGAGGUGACGCAACAGGCUGCAGACAGUCCACCCACACAGCAGGUCAAGCAAGCGUUGGUCCAUGUGACAAAUGACUUCAAGGAGACUCUCAGACAGGCGAAGGACAUGGCCAGCACGCUCCCUGGAGGCGAACUCUCGGUGGAGGAGCAAGGUGAAGUCAUUGCGAUGCUCGAGAAGUUGAAGGAGAGGAAACAACAACAGCUCGCCAAGUUCUCCGCAGACGUUGAUGCCAUCACCAAGGCCACGACACAGAUGAGGAUGGAGGUUGACUCCACUGCAUCGACCCCUGCUGUGUGA